UAUUUUUCAAUGAUUAUAAUCGACCUUCAAGGCAAAACAAUUGCAUCAACCAUCCCUGAAAAUGCUGUUAAUGUGCUUGGGCAAGUUGAUGCAGUCGAUAGUACUGCCCUUGCACGGAACCGCGUACGCCGCAGUUAUUAUUGGGUAGAAGAUGACUCUGACAAAGUGACAAUCAUUGAAAGUGAACACCUAAGACAUGCCUUACAAAAUUUUCGGCAUGAACAGCACGUUAAAGAGAAACAACGCGAACGUGAAGACGAGCAGCGUCAGAAGAAGCGGGGUGAAGAGUAUGCCGAGGAUGAUGAGGAAAUUCAGGAGCAUACACCUUUAUUUGUGCCAAAUCUUUUUGGAUAA